UGCGAAUUUGGAUUGAUUCAGUUUCUGGAAAGAUCAUCCCCCAAAAAAAGGAUCGAGACUGGCCCAAAGUUCCAAACCAAAACCUCCACUAGUGGUUUUGGACUGGGUUGGAUUCUCAAUUUAUGUUUUGGGCUUUGUAAACUUUUCUUUUAGUAGCUUUGUUGUGUUUUUGUUUGAUUCCGUUUCUUCUCUUCCAUCGAGACGCACCGUAAAGUUUUUUCUCUUUUCUUCCCAGAUGAACGAACGCAGAUGUUCAGCUGACUGUAAAAUCGAAAAUUCAUUUUAGACCCAAACCCACAGAUGCCACAACUUUCAGCGGAAACUUAUUUCUCAUGGCUGUUCUAGUUUCAUUGACUGGCGAGACCCAAUUCAUUCACAGUCUCUGUGCAGUUGUAGUAAAGGGUCAUUGGAACAACAUCUUGAAACCCAAGAUUGGUUCUAGCCUCAGCUCAGCAAACAUUCACCAGGUACUUCUGCAACUCUCACUCCAUGGCUAUGGCCCUUCUCCUUCUUGGGCUUUCUUCAAAUGGGUUCAAUCAAUUCCCACUUACAAGCACUCCUUGCAAUGCUGCUGGACCAUGAUUCACAUUCUCACUGAGCACAAACACUUCAAACCUGCACAGCAACUGCUUGAAAAAAUUGCUUUUAAGGAUUUCUUGUCAUCACCGAUGGUUUUGAAUGCUUUAGUUCCAAUCCAAGAUGACCCAGAAGUGAAUUCACAUGUUUUGAGCUGGCUUGUGAUAUUUUAUGCAAAUUCUAAGAUGAACCAAGAUGCAAUUCAGGUUUUUGAGCACAUGAGGGUACAUGGGUUUAAGCCCCACUUGCAUGCUUGUUCUGCCUUGUUGAACUCUUUGGUUAAAGAUAGGUUGACUAAUAUGGUAUGGAAAGUUUACAAGAAUAUGAUCCAGGCCGGGGUUGUGCCGAAUGUUCACAUAUACAAUGUGUUGAUUCAUGCUUGCUGCAAAUCUGGGGAUACAGAGAAGGCAGACAGUUUGGUUGGUGAGAUGGAAUUGAAGUGCAUCUUUCCUGAUCUUUUCACAUAUAAUACGUUGAUAUCUCUGUAUUCCAAAAGGGGUAUGCACUAUGAAGCUUUGUCUGUUCAAGAUAGAAUGGAGAGAGCAGGAGUUAGUCCUGAUAUGGUGACUUACAAUUCUCUUAUUUAUGCGUUUUGUAGAGAAGGUAGGAUGAGAGAAGCUGUAAAACUUUUUCGCGAAAUCAAAGGUGCUACUCCUAACCAUGUUACAUACACGACAUUAAUUGAUGGCUAUUGUAGAGUUCAUGACCUGGAAGAAGCUUUAAGAUUGUGCGAGGUAAUGAAGGCCAAGGGGUUGUAUCCUGGAGUUGUUACUUAUAAUUCAAUUCUCCGUAAGUUGUGCGAAGAUGGCAGGAUGCGGGAUGCAAAUAAACUUUUGAAUGAGAUGAGUGAAAGGAAAGUCAAACCUGACAAUGUCACAUGUAACACAUUGGUUAAUGCUUAUUCUAAGAUAGGAGACAUGAGGUCUGCUGUGAAAGUGAAAGAGAGAAUGUUGGCAGCUGGAUUGAAGUUGGAUGAGUUUACAUAUAAAGCACUCAUUCAUGGAUUUUGCAAGGUGCUAGAGAUGGAAAGUGCUAGAGAUCUUUUAUUUAGCAUGCUUGACGCUGGAUUUUCCCCUAGUUAUUGCACCUAUACAUGGAUUGUAGAUGGUUACUGCAACAAAGGGAAUGAGGAAGCAGUUAUACGUCUACCAGAUGAGUUUGUUAAAAAAGGUAUUUAUGUUGAUGUCUCACUGUACAGGGCAUUAAUAAGAAGGUUAUGUAAACGAGAAAGGGUGGAUAGUGCUGAAAAGAUUUUCAGUUUUAUGGAAGAGAAGAGUAUAUCAGGAGACAGUGUUAUAUAUACUAGUCUAGCAUAUGCUUACUUGAAAGCAGGAAAGUCAAGUGUAGUUUCAGUGUUGUUAGAUGAAAUGUACAAGAGGAGGUUGAUGGUUACACGCAAGAUCUAUAGAUGUUUCAAUGCAUCUUAUGCCAGUGAUAAUGACAUCAUACGUCUAUUUUGGGAUCAUAUGGUUGAGAGAGGCCUAAUGUCAAAAAAUGUUAUUAAUAAGGAAAUGCAGCAAACGUAAAUGAACGUCACAGAUGUAUCUUUUCAUGCUAUAGCACAAACCUCUCCGCUUGUCUUGAAAGGUGUUGGAGACUGUUAUAGACUUGGGCCAUUCAAAUGCACAUGCGCUCCUGGAGAAGCUAAGAGACAAUGAGUGCUCUGGUCUACUAUGGAUGGGGUGUUUGAAUUACUAUCUAAGAGAAGCCAUUUUGGGCUGUGGUUAGACUCCGUGGAAAUGUACAUCUUUGCAUGAGUGUGGCAAUUGACUUGAAGUGUUGCAAUGCAUCGAGUUGAGGUGUAGGCUGAACAUCAAAGUAUGAAGAAUGGGUGCCUUCAACAUCAUAUGUGACAAAGUGGAUAGAUGAAUUGGGAAAUGUACGGAAAUGCUGAACAUGACCAAGCCGUUUCAGAAUCCAUCAUCUUGCAGGUUUAAAAUGACAUACGUGGGGGCGCUUCUGGUUUGGCAUGUGUGAAGCACAAGUUAUAAAUCCUAGCUACAUGGUGCAGUGUUUAUAGGUUAUUAAAAUUUCUGUAUCUUUUUAUUCAUUAGAUAAUAUAUAGAAGGAAAGGGAAAAGAAAUUAGAAUUGGUAGCUUAUGAACUGGGAAAUGUUUAAGUCAUUGUCCUUCUCAUUACUGAUAUGCCAAACAAAUAAAUAGUGAAUGUUUUCAAACAAA